CUGAUCAUGUGGUCACAAGUUUGGUAUGCUGAUUCAAAUUGUCUUACAUUUCUGGUUUAGACUUCAUUACAGACUGAAACACUAUAUAUAGAGUAUUGUUUCCUACUUCACAUCAAAUGUAAUUCACUUUCUGCAGAGUGCUGUCUGUCUUUCCAUUGCACAUAAUGAGAACAGGCACUUUUUGAGCUGGCUCAAUAUUCAAAUGACCCGACUUGAGGUUGUUAGUGGCCUUGGUUGGGCAAUUCUGAAUGUGGUAGAACAUAUGAGUUUGUCAGGUAGAAAGAAUAGUCUGUUCUAUAUAGUAUAUUUCUAUCUGCAACGUUUUAUUUGUUGCAUAUAGUAAGGCCAAAUACUGUUACACAAUCAGCCACAAGAGGGCAGCAUUCUCUACAUUAUUUGAAAGCAAUUAUUCUAGCUCUGGGGGCUUUUAAAAAAAUGUAUUUUUACAUGUCAAACAACGUUUCCAUCCACCGUUUUUAUACGACUAAAGUCAUAUUGUAUUAAACAAAAUCACAACAGCUGUGAUGGAGACAGGAAGUUUCAGCGUAAUUGUAUAAAUGCCGACAGAUAAUUUGUUCGUUCAACAUGGUGGGAUCUUUUUGUGUCGGUAAAAUCAAUUAUGCGGGAAAUGCCAGUGGAAACGCCUUAAUGCGCAAAUAUUGAGUUAAUCAUCUCGAAGUACAUUUGGAGUCGCGAUGAUAUGGUUUGUGGUCCCCCCACUACGACUCGGGAAACCAUGUACUUUAUUAGGUUACAGAUUAAAUAAAUUAUGAUGAACUUCACAGGGUGCUGAAAGUGCACGGUAAUGAGUUUGAUGCUGCCUUCCAAUAUAUCGAGGGUCUUAUUCUGGUGACAUGAUGGUCGAUGCUUGACUGCCGUUUGCCAGAUACAAUAUGAUCGUUUUUACCCAUAAUCUCAUCAUGUAAUAGACAAAACAACCCGCACAGCCUACUCGCACUGUAUAUGCUAGCUGUUGGCUAGAAAACACGUGCAAAGACCAGAGUAGGCAACGUUUGCUAUUUAACACAAGUUUUUUCGGACAAAACUAACCGUCGAGUUGAAAAUGCGAUGGAAACACAUUUAACUUUGUAUUUUUAUUCGGUACAUAAAACUUAAGCGAAAAAGUAAAUUUUGUGUGCACUAUAUCAUCAACCAAACGUAUUUGUUGCAGAUAAAAAUCAGUGUGCAUGUAUGUUUUUAUUUAUUUAACCUUUGCCUAGUUAAAAUGUUAAAUAAAACAUAAUAAAUGCACUGAUGUUUAUCGGCAACAAAUCCGUUUGGUGGAAACACCACUAGUGGAAAAUGCGCAUAAUUUCUUUAUGCGGAUGUUAGAAUAGUCGCAAGAAAAUCUGUCACCAAUUAAAUGGAAACCUACCUACUGGAGGCAUUUUCAAAAUGGUCAUAGACAAACUACUGUUUCUUCAUUAGAUCAAUAGCGCCACACUUAUUUUUAUGAAAAAAAUGUCUAGACUGCAAGUUCAUGUCCAAACCUGUAGGUGGCAGAGUGAUGUAUUCUUUAGCGGAAAUGCCAAGGAAAUGAAAGAAAAACGUGACGCCAGGCUACUGAAAUUUGUAAACAAACACAUGGGACAUCUUUAGUACAAGUACUGCAAAUUACAUUUGAUACAUGAGCAACCAUGAAGAGGGUAUUUGUAACCGUAGGAACAACAAGCUUUGAUGACCUAAUCGAACGCGUUACUUCCCCUGAAGCUGUUCAAGAGUUGAAAGCCCGCGGCUAUCAACAUUUGGUCCUGCAGGUUGGACAAGGCUCCAUUCUCCCAGAUCCAGACAGCUGUCACGAGCUCACGUUAGAGGCCUUCCGAUUCAAGGAUUCCAUUGCUGAAAAUAUCAAAUGUGCCGACCUGGUUAUCAGCCAUGCUGGGGCAGGUAGUUGUCUGGAGACCCUUGGUGCAGACAAGCCACUGCUAGUUGUGGUCAAUGACAAACUUAUGGACAAUCACCAGCUAGAGCUGGCCAGACAGCUACACCAAGACUCACACCUACUGUACUGCACCCCCAGCACUCUUACUGAGACCCUGAAGACAAUGGACCUUGCUGUUCUUUCACCCUUCUUACCCGGACAACCAAAGCAUUUUGCCAAUUUCCUGGACAGGGCCCUUGGUGUUCAAUGAUUCCAAUGGAGGGCAGUCUCUGAGGUCAACUGUGUUCUGUUAUGGACUCUCGAGAUGUUUUGCGCUCUUCUUCAUGUGGCUUUCCAGCAGACUAGACGCUGUGUUGCGUACUGCCUUUCACAGGUCGGAGUAUGGAAUGCAAAUUGUGGUCACAAAAACAAAAAAGGUGAAUGGGAUAAUCUUAAAUUGCACCACCAUUUAACCCAGCACCUAUACACUAUCACCAAAAACCAACCACCCCAUCCCACUACGUUGGCCCUAAACAAUCCUACACCAUGCUGUCGGUCUGGGAGGAUGGAACCCCUUCUCUCAAAACUUCCUGUAGUUAUUCUGCACUAAAACCUCUCACCCCAAAAUAUUUCUCUGCUGCUGCAACGACCACAUAUAUCUUCUGUGAUUUCCGCUCCAUCAGCGCAGUACAGUUGAUCACCAUGGCUAUGAUGUUUGCUCUUUGAAACUCCUCAUCUUUGCGAUAACUGGAAGUGGGGUUGGCCAGAGGGUAGCCUGGGCCUCGCGUGCCUGGCUUCUAGUUUUUCCUAUCAGUAUGCAGAGCUAAUACCAACUCAGGCAAUUGCCUGGGGCCUUAAAUCAUCAUCAUUUUGUUUAAUAAUGCGCUAUUAAGCAAUUGUGAGCAUCUCUGUUUAUGACAAACACUGCGGAUUCUGUUUUCUCCCUGCGAAUUUAGCUCUAGCUUUGCGCAGUGGGCUCCCGAGUGGCGCAGCGGUCUAAGGCACUGCAUCACAGUGCUAGAGGCGUCACAAUAGACACUCGUUCGAUCGCGGGCUGUAUCACAACCGGCCGUGAUCAGGAGUCAAAUAGGGCGGUGCACAAUUGGCCCAGUGUCGUCCUGGUUAGGGUUUGGCCGGUGUAGGCCGUCAUUGUAAAAAUAAUUUGUUCUUAACUGACUUGCCUAGUUAAAUAAAGGUAAAAUAAAAAUAUAAUAUAAAAAAAAAACUAUUAUGACCCCAUUCCUGAAGCUAAGAAAUACUUUGUUUCCCUCUACGACACUCACAAGCUCUUCAGGACACACAUUUUUUUUCUACAUACCUGAUGAUCUUCCCUUAUGUUUUCCCGAACUUUCCAAUUUCUGAUACAAUUCUCACUUUUUGAUGCAAAUUAAAAUUGUUACAUCUUUCCCAUAUUCAAGUAAUUUAACAUUUUCUUAUUCGCUUAAUGAACAUAAACUGCAACCAAGUUUCUAUCUGUCCUGGAAUGGCCAUAAAGUUUUUAUUAUAUAAAUGCGACAUGCAACAAUUUCAAAUGUUACGCUGAGUUACAGUUCACAGAAGGAAAUCAGACAAUGUAAAUUCAUUAGACCCUAAUUUAUGGGUUUCACAUGACUGGGCAGGGGCACAGCCAUUGGUGGGCCUGGGAGGACAUAGGCUAGGCCUGGCUCCCCAGUGGGUGGGCCUAUCUGAAUGAGUUAUUCCCCACAAAGGGCUUUAUUACAGACAGAAAUACUCCUCAACACCCCUCCCCCUCAGAUGAUCCCACAUGUAAAGAAGCCAGAUCUGGAUGUCCUGGGCUGGCAUGGUUACAUGUGGUCUACGGUUGUGAGGCCAGUUGGAUCUACUGCUGAUGGUGAAGAAAUGAACAUUAAAUUAUCUGGCAACAGCUCUUUUGGACAUUCUUGCAGUCAGCAUGCCAAUUGCACGUUCCCUCAACUCGAGACAUCUGUGGCAUUGUGUUGGUUGACAAAACGGCACAUUUUAAAGUGCCCUUUUAUUGUCCCCAGCACAAGAUGCACCUGUGUAAUUAAUGAUCAUGCUGUUUAAUCAGCUUCUUGAUAUGCCACACCUGUCAGGUGGAUUAAUUAUCUUGGUAAAGGAGAAAUGCUCACUAACAGGGAUGUAAACACAUUUGUACACACUAUUUUUGAGAAAUAAGCUUUUUGUGCAUAUGGAA